UUCAUUGUAUUGUAUGUCAAAAUUAUUUAAAUUUCAUUUACUGUACGCAAAUUCAAAAUAAGUUUUAAAAUUUUAAUAAAACUACAUCUGCGAUGCUUAUUUUAGCCUACAUUAGGCUCUAACUUCAACUACUACAUCAGUGUAAACAUACUUCACAAAAAGGCAGCAAACAUGAGUUUAGUGGGAAAGAAAUGCGAAUCGAUACUUCUAACAGAAAACAAUAAAGAUGACCUCGUUACGAGUCGCAUCACUCCGGACGAUGUGUUGCGUCUGGACAGAAUAGCGGACACGUACCUUUGCAGCCCCGAGGCGAACGUGUACGACAUAGACUUCACGCGGUUCAAGAUCCGGGACCUGGAGACGGGUACGACACUGUUCGAGAUCGCGAAGCCGCCCACAGACUUCGGCGUGGUGGCGGAGGGCGGCGAGGACGCGGCCGAGGAGCCGCUCGACCCCAACGCUGGCCGCUUCGUGCGCUACCAGUUCACGCCACAGUUCCUCAAGCUGAAGACUGUUGGAGCCACGGUAGAGUUCACAGUGGGAGCUCGACCAGUCAACCACUUUCGCAUGAUUGAGAAGCAUUAUUUCCGAGACACGCUGCUCAAGACGUUUGACUUUGAGUUUGGUUUCUGCAUUCCAUUCUCGAGGAACACUUGUGAACACAUCUACGAGUUUCCUACCCUGCCUCCUGAUCUUGUGGAGGAGAUGAUCGCGGCCCCGUUCGAGACGUGCUCGGACAGCUUCUACUUCGUGGACGGCGCGCUCGUGAUGCACAACAAGGCGGACUACGCGUACGACGGCGGCCUCCACCACUAGGCCACUACGCGUACGACGGCGGCCUCCACCACUAGGCCACUACGCGUACGACGGCGGCCUCCACCACUAGGCCACUACGCGUACGACGGCGGCAUCCACCACUAGGCCACUACGCGUACGACGGCGGCCUCCACAACUAGGCCACUAUGGUGUGUUUGUUCCUACUUGGCACAAAUGGAAAGCAAACUAAGUGUUGCUUUUUAUUUGAAUGGAUUUAAAGACGUUUAAAAUAAAACAUUUA